AAGCGUUUGAGGUGUAAUUACUUGUAAUAAAGACUUUAUCUUUUGCUUUACUGUGUUUCUUGGAAAUACUCUCUGGUUUUCGAGUUUUUGUGCAACAAAUAUUCUGGUAUUUGUCUAUAAAUGCAUGCACUUGUUAUAAGGGCUCCAGAACAGAGGAUUCAAGAGAGAGUUCUUGGCCCUUUUGAAGAGAAAAUUUUAAGGUUUUUUGUGCUGUAAGUAUUUAGAGAGAGAGAGAGAGAUGGGACUUUGUUUUUCUGAUGUACGAGGAGGGAAACAAGCAAUAGGAGGGACAUCUCAGCAAAAUCCCAACAGUAACAACAAUGCUUCCCACAAUGAUGCUGUUGAUUUCUUCUUCAAGUCCAAUGGCCAACAGGCUCUUUUUACCCAAGUUGAGUUGUCUUUAUCAGCAUCAAACUUGCUUGAUCGUGACAUCACAUCCAAGAGUGACCCAAUGGUAGUUUUGUUCGCAAAGAAAAGGGAUGGGAAGCUAGAGGAAGUCGGUAGAACAGAAGUCAUUUUGAACAACUUAAAUCCUACUUGGAUUCAAAAGAUUACAAUUGCUUAUCAAUUUGAGAUGGUUCAGCCACUUGUCUUUCAUGUCUAUGAUGUGGAUACCAGCUAUCACAAUAAACCAGUGAAGUCACUGAAGUUGAAGGAUCAGGAAUUUUUGGGAGAAGCCAACUGUGUUUUGUCUGAGAUAGUGACAAGACAGAAUCGUACAUUAACUAUUCAACUCCAGAACAGAAAUGGGCAUGGAUUCCUCCGAAAGUUAGGGACUCUCACUGUCCAUGCAGAGGAAACAAUUGCUUCAAGAACUACUGUCGAGUUAACACUACGGUGUUGUCACUUGGCUAACAAAGAUUUAUUUUCCCUGAGUGACCCCUUCUUAAGAAUAUCUAGAAUGGUAGAGGGUGGAGGUUCUGUGCCUAUAUGCAAGACUGAGGUGGUGAACAACAAUCUGAAUCCAAUGUGGAGGCCUCUAUGCCUAAGUAUGCAGCAAUUUGGGAGCAAGGAAACCCCCCUUGUUAUUGAGUGCUUUGAUUUCAACAGCAGUGGAAAUCAUGUGCUAAUUGGUAAGCUUCAGAAAUCAGUGGCAGACCUGGAAACUCUUCACAGAGAAAAAAAUGGUGCUAAUUUCGUUAUACCGUCCAGCCAUGAUCGUGAGAAGGUGCUGAAGGGUCAGCUGUUUGUGGAUCGAUUUUUGGAGAAGGAACAGUAUAGUUUUCUGGAUUAUAUUUCGAGUGGCUUUGAGCUAAAUUUUAUGGUUGCUGUUGACUUUACGGCUUCAAAUGGAAAUCCUCGAAAUCCAGAUUCCUUGCACUACAUAGAUCCUUCAGGCCGGUUGAAUUCUUACCAGCAGGCUAUAAUGGAAGCCGGGCAGGUCAUACAAUUUUAUGAUUCUGAUAGGCGUUUUCCUGCAUGGGGCUUUGGAGGAAAGACACCUGCCGGAACAGUAUCUCAUUGUUUCAACUUGAAUGGCAGUGCAAGCUUUGAGGUCGAGGGCGUUGAAGGCAUCAUGGCUGCUUAUGCAACUGCUCUACACAAUGUUUCUCUUUCUGGACCCACUUUAUUUGGACCAGUGAUCAACACGGCAGCACAAAUUGCUGGUCAGUCUGUCUCAAACAACAAUGGCAAGUAUCUUGUCUUGCUCAUUAUAACGGAUGGAGUUAUCACAGAUAUGCAAGAAACUAAAGAUGCUUUGGUGAGGGCAUCUGAUCUUCCUCUAUCAAUUCUUAUAGUUGGAGUAGGAGGUGCAGACUUUACACAAAUGGAGAUCCUUGAUGCUGAUAAUGGAGAACGAUUACAGAGUUCUACUGGUCGGGUGGCUACACGAGAUAUUGUACAAUUUGUCCCAAUGCGAGAAGUGAACAGUGGCCAGAUUUCUGUCGUUCAAGCUCUUUUGGAAGAGCUGCCUGGACAGUUUUUGACCUAUUUCAGGUCUAGAGAUAUCCAACCACAUGCUCGUCAUGUUUGCUAGAGAGUCUUGUUCUCUGGAAUCAUGCCAAAAUUCCUCAAAUAUUGCACAUAUCGGGCGUAAACCGAAGUUUGUUCGUGUUAAGAAAUAUGUAUUAGGAAAUUAGGAAACAAAUCUGAUUCUUUUUUUCAGAUUUUAUCCCUUUUUAAUUUUUCCACAUUAUUUCUACACCAUAAUACAUUUUCCUAAA